UUAUUAUUUUUUGAAACGAACUGACACAAGUCGCCAUUCGUCGUGAGGACGGUUCAUAAGAUGUAUAGAGAAAGAUGUUCUAAAAAUGUCUUAUUUUUACUGACUUACUGUUUGUGUUUAUUAAACGUAAGCGAAACCUACCGGCAUUCGGAUACUUUAAAAUCCAGUUCAAACAGAAAAGAAUUGAUGGGGAAACAACGUUUUUUUUCUUCUAGUUACGAAACAUCUUAUGUUGGAGAUAUGUGUAGUGUCAGCAGUCGUUCAUCGCUAGAUGUGGGAAGCUUGAGUUAUGGAAAGCUAAAACUGUCAAAACAUUUUCCCGGAUUACACUGUAACGUCACGAUAUCAACUGCUGCAAGCAAUCGUGUCUUUAUAACAUUUUUAGAUAUUUUUUUACGGGUAAGAUCAACUAAUUCUAGUGGUACCAGAAAGUGUUUAGAUUUCGUGAAAGUUCUAGACGGUAAAUCAAACCAUGAAAUUUGUGGAAAGCUGCAUUAUUCGGAAAGUGACCAACUUGUGUUUUUUUCUUCGCCCGGGAAGAAUACAGUUACAUUAGAGUUCUACGUGAGUGACAGCAGAAUGAAAAGUGACGAAAUGAUUGAGUUAACCCUGGUUUACACUUGUUUCCAAAUGAUCAAGAACGGCAUUUGCAACGAGCUAGACAGUUACAUGUGCAGGAACGGAGCUUGUAUAUCAGAUUCUUUGUUAGAUGAUGGUUACAAUAACUGUGGAGAUCUAAGCGACGAGAAAUGUUUACAGGAUAACUGUGGAACACGACAAGUCAGUCCGUGGACCUACGCUGGAAUUGUAAUUUCCGUUCUGGCCUUUUUCGUCAUUGCCCUCUUCGUCAUCGUCCCAUAUCGUCGAAAUCGAAACGCAAGAAGAUCAGAUCUAAGGUUAUCCCGUCCUGAAACGGUCAACAUAUCAACAGUUUCAACCCCUUUCUCACACCAGGAGUUACCUUCUAUCAGCUAUUCUAGCGCCACCUAUGUUGAAGAAAAGCCACCAAGUUACGACGAGGUUGUUAGAACAUUACCAUUGAUUGGUCCAGGAGUGGUAAAUCUGUCGUCUUCAUUGACCUCAGAGGCGUGACAAUAAGAUCCUCAGAACUGAAACGUGUCUAAGAAUUGUGAGGACUUCACGAAUUCUGAAAAUAAAGAUAAUUAAGAGAACAUUGAUGGAAAAAAAAUCGCAUUUUAUUAAAGUAGCUACUUAUACAUUCGUCCAAAUAACUUCUACUUAAUUCUUUUUUAAUUGCUUACAUAAUUCUGAAUUAAUUACAACAUCAGAACGUUCUGAUCUGUUUUAUAUCCUCAGUUAGCCGGAUAACAAUUUAUACUUGUCAUUUAUUCACUUUUCAAUUGAAUGGCUCAUGAACAUAUUUAAUACACUAUCUCUACUCUAAUGUUUUAAUUUUCCAUUUGUGUGUUGUUGUUUUUGUAAAUGUACGACGAUAGUAUAUAACCGCUGUAUAAUUUAUCUUAUUAAUGUUUUUUUUUUUUUUUUCAAAAUUGCAUAUAAUUUUAAUUAAAAAAUUUGAAAUAAACUGAGCAGCGCCCUCACACAGAAUCCAUAAUAAAGAAUUACUGCCGUUGCUAGCCAUUGGUGUACUCCAUGAUCAAUAAAGACUUUUUUUUAAUUAGUUAAUAGCUGCUUUAUUAUUAUUAUCGUUUAUUAUUAGAUAGAACAAAUUCAUACAAAACAUUUUACCCCAUUAUGAUUUUACUCUAAUUACCAGUGUGUUAUAUUGUUUUGUUUGUACGCAGGUUAAUAUUUUGUGUAUGUGUGUGUCCAUGGGCGUCAGGAGACAUUUUUCCAGGGGGGGGUACAUAUGCUGAAUGAAUAAAGAAAUAAUUAUGUUUCUCAUUUUUCUAUGUGGGGGCAAGUGCCCCUCUUAGUCACCCCCCCUUCCCUUGCGGACGCCCAUGUGUGUGUGUGUUGCUGACUACUUAACUGUAUUUAGACCGUAAUCUAAUACAACGAAGUAGAUCCGAUGUAUUGGUUUUAGAUUUAUGUGACCAGGAACGGAAUUUGGUAAAUGUUCUAAAAUUAUUGUUGAUACAUUUUUCAAGUUUAAAAUAAUGGUUAUAGCUAUAAGGAUGAUCAAUCCGUUUGGGAUACUUUUCGUCUUUUGUUGUAAUCCAGUUCUAACAAUAAAUAUUAUUAAAGAUCUAA